GCCCCAGCGCGCCUCAGUCGGCGAGAGGCCGUUGGCGCGCGUGGAGCUGCUGCCCCCUGCGGCCGGCGCCGCGCCACCUCCGCUCCCCUCCCCGCCCUCCCGCCGCCGGCACUCGCCAUGGAGUCAGGCCCCCGGUGAGCCGGACGGGGGGGCCCCCCGCCGCGCCUCGAUGGCUCUGGUCACGGUGCAGCGCUCGCCUACCCCCAGCGCCACCUCCAGCCCCUGCGCCUCGGAGGCAGACAGUGGGGAAGAAGAAUGCCGGUCCCAGCCCAGGAGCAUCAGCGAAAGCUUCCUCACUGUGAAAGGUGCAGCUCUCUUCCUGCCACGAGGAAAUGGGUCGUCUACUCCCAGGAUCAGUCACAGGCGCAACAAGCAUGCAGGGGAUCUCCAGCAACACCUGCAGGCCAUGUUCAUCCUGCUCCGCCCGGAAGACAACAUCAGACUGGCUGUAAGACUGGAAAGUACCUACCAGAACCGCACCAGAUACAUGGUGGUAGUGUCCACCAACGGCAGACAAGACACCGAAGAGAGCAUUGUCCUGGGAAUGGAUUUCUCUUCCAAUGACAGUAGCACUUGUACAAUGGGCUUGGUGCUGCCACUGUGGAGUGACACCUUGAUCCACCUGGAUGGGGAUGGAGGGUUUAGCGUAUCGACAGAUAACAGGGUUCAUAUAUUCAAGCCAGUGUCUGUACAGGCAAUGUGGUCUGCCCUGCAGAGUUUACAUAAGGCUUGUGAAGUGGCACGGAGCAACAAUUACUACCCAGGGAGCCUCUUCCUCACGUGGGUCAGUUACUAUGAGAGCCAUAUCAACUCCGACCAGUCGUCAGUCAAUGAGUGGAAUGCCAUGCAAGAUGUCCAGUCCCACCGGCCCGACUCGCCUGCCCUCUUCACAGAUGUCCCGACUGAGCGGGAACGCACAGAACGGCUAAUUAAGACCAAGUUAAGAGAGAUCAUGAUGCAGAAGGAUUUGGAGAACAUCACGUCAAAAGAGAUACGCACCGAGCUGGAGAUGCAGAUGGUAUGUAACCUGCGGGAAUUCAAAGAGUUCAUUGACAAUGAAAUGAUAGUGAUCCUUGGGCAGAUGGACAGCCCCACGCAGAUAUUUGAUCAUGUCUUUUUGGGCUCAGAAUGGAACGCCUCCAAUUUGGAAGACUUGCAGAACAGAGGGGUGCGGUAUAUUUUGAAUGUGACUCGAGAAAUAGAUAACUUCUUCCCUGGCCUCUUUGAAUACCAUAAUAUUCGGGUAUAUGAUGAAGAAGCAACAGAUCUUCUGGCUUAUUGGAAUGACACCUACAAAUUCAUCUCCAAGGCAAAGAAAAAUGGUUCUAAGUGCCUGGUGCACUGCAAGAUGGGAGUGAGCCGCUCGGCGUCCACGGUGAUCGCCUACGCCAUGAAGGAGUACGGCUGGAACCUGGACAGGGCUUACGACUACGUGAAGGAACGGCGCACGGUCACCAAGCCCAACCCCAGCUUUAUGCGGCAGCUGGAGGAAUACCAAGGGAUCCUGCUGGCCAGCAAACAGCGGCAUAAUAAACUGUGGCGCUCGCACUCAGACAGUGACCUCUCGGACCAUCACGAGCCCAUCUGCAAGUCUGGGCUGGAGCUGAACAAAAAGGAGAUCACCACCUCAGCCGACCAGAUCUCAGAGGCAAAGACCAACGACAACCAGCAGCCGAUGUCUCCCAUCUACUCAGCUGAGGUAGACAGGGAGCAGCAGCUCCCAGAGGAUGCAAACAUGAUCGAGGAGAUGUGUGUGAAGGAGAGAAGGAUCCACCUAGAAUUUACAUGUCGAGACUUCCACGCUGAGCAGAUGGAGGACAAGCUGAACCUGAACAAUAUCAAUGGCUGUACAGCAGGAUGUUGUGUAGACUCUGUCCCCCCCGAUAAUUGCCAUGCUUCUGAGGCCUUAAUGCAACUCCAGCACCCCUUGGACAUAACAGAGUUUCCUGAUCUGACAGUGGACGAUCUAGAAAAAGAUGCCCUUAAGCCUGAUAUGAACGUGCACUUGGUUCCCAUGGAAGAAUUCACUUCGUGCUUAAAAGACUUUCCUCAGUCCCCAAACCAAAAUUCCCCGAGCCUCCAACAGAAUCCCCAGCCCGAAGUGACAGACCUCAGUGCAGACAGGAUUGAUUUCUUCAGUGCUUUGGAAAAAUUCGUGGAGCUUUCCCAGGAGAGCCGGUCACGCACCUGCUCCCAUUCCAGGAUGGAGGAGCAAGGGAGUGGAAGGAAUGGGGUCUCCAGGGUGCCUGUGCUGGAGGUGCCUCCUGCUGUGGAGGGGGGUGCAGAUGCUCGAAGGAACAGCUCUGGAAACUCUCCUCAGGCAUCAGAUGAUUCUUCCACAGAUGAAGAACAACAAAAGGAGGUGCCCGAGCUGCCUAGCGCAGGCCAUCUCACAAGAUCCCACUCAGAAAAUGCCAUUUCUGUGAAGGAAAUUAUCACAGAGAUCGAGUCGAUCAACCAGGGAGCAGGACCUGCCCAGCAGAAAGAGGGUUCAGCCAACCUCACCCAGACACCAAAGAGGAGCACAGUGCAUGACCUGCCCGUGGAGGCAGUUUGGGCAUUGGAAAGGGUGGAACAGAGCGAAGAAGCCUGUGCUGGACACCAGGAAAAGGAGAAGGACCCUCUGCAAGCUGAGCAAGAAGCCUCCCCCUCCCUGCAAGUGUCUUCUGGUAAAUCAGACCUGGAGGAAAGCAGCCCUGGGGGGGAGCAGCAGGAGCCACGCGGCUCCAUCAACCCUGAGCCCAAGUGGUGCCCGGGCUCCGUCCGGCGAGCCACCCUGGAGUUCGAGGAGCGCUUGAGGCAGGAGCAGGAGCACCAGCACACACCCUCGGUCUGCAUCUUACCAACCCGCAAGAACUCCAGGAACGACUCUCCCGCUGCCGAGCUCCUGCCGCGGGGGAAGAGCGAGGAGCCGCCCCUGGAGCUGGCUCCGGAGGUCGACAAGGCACGGGGUCCGGGUGCCGAGGAGCUGCUGCUGCCUCCCGGGGCAGAGCUGCCUGCAGAGCCCAGCCCGGGGCAGGAGGGAACAGCACAAGAACACAGGACAGUGGUCUCAACUGAUGGGAUGGAGGAACCAUCCCUGCCCUCCCUCCUCCCAAAGAGAGUUGAAAUCGUCGAAUACGCUCCCACGGCCAAGUCUGCAGAGCGCCCCGACACAAGCUGUGAGCAGGGCGGGCUGGCCGCGGCUGUCCCGUCUUUAGAUGAAAACUUGAACCCUUCAUUGUGCUCAGAGAAGGCACCAACCUGUCUCAGAGCUCUGACCCUGGUAAAUCUCUCGCUGCCGGAGCACGCGGUACACAAGCAGGCCACCUUCACCGUGGGCAGCCCCAGCGAGGAAGGUGGUGGGUUAUCUCUUCACCUCGGUGCUGCUUCUCCUGCCCAGGUGAGCUCUGCGCCUUCAGCCAGCCCGGAUGGUGGUUCUUACCCCUACGUAAUUCACCUGGAAGGCGUCACUGAGCAGAGCACGGGUACAGACGAUGAGCCGGUCGCGCCGUGUGGCGUUGAGGGAGACGCGACUCUCCCAUUCAGGGACAGACCCAAGCCUCUCUGCAGGGCGGGGACCGGCACCUCAAGGCAGCUGAGCGGCGAGGGCUUCACCGGCCAACGUGCUGAAAACAUGGACCUUCUGGACAUCUCUUUCCUGUGCUACGGCCUCCCCCACAGCCCCAGCAGCCACAGCAUAGAGGAGCGCAGCAACAGCCCCGGGCUGGUCAAGCAACGAGCGAAGGAAAUAGAGGCUCGGAUCCGGCACGCCGGGCUCACCACACCCUCCCACAUGAAACGCUCGGCGUCCUUGGCCAAACUGGACUGCCUGGACCUCUCCAAGGACGACUUAUCCGAGAGGCAGUCGGCCUCUUCCGAUGCCAACCCGGUGCUUCUCACCUGUGUUGCCCUCGGUCGAGGUUUUCGCGGGGGGAGGUUGGAGAGGGGCUCGGAGAGCGCGUGCGGAAAGCAUCGCCUUUCCUCCCCAGAGCCCGCUAAGCAUUUUGUGGAACAGCUCAGAACAGCCGAGUGCAUUGCCCAGAGCAAGCCGGUGGAGAGGCCGCUAGCUCAGUACGCCAAAGAGUGCGGCUCCAGCCAGCAGAGCUUGUUUUCCAGCGCGGAUCCGACGUGGACUAGCUCUGAGGAGGGUCCUCCACUGCUCCAGGUGCAGGUCCUGGACUCCUUGUCUGUAGCUCGAGGUCUGGCUGUCGCACCCAGGCAGCAGCACGGGAGAACUCACCCUCUGAGGAGGCUCAAAAAGACCAAUGAUAAAAAGCGGACAACCAAUCCCCUCUAUAAUACCAUGUGAUCCUGAGCCCUCGGCUGUGAUUUCUUACCGAGAACCCGUGGUGUUGCGUUCACGCAAGGGGCAGGUGUAAUAUAAGGAACAUGCACUUUAUUGGUUAAUUUUAUAUAUAUAUUGUCAUUUUACUGUUCCUGGCGCAUGUAGGUGUGGGUUGGUUCUUCUGUGUGUGACUCUGACUGCAGGACUGUUUGGGUUUUUUUAAGGUUUUUUUUAACUCAGAUAACCUCAAAUGUUCGUUUUUGGUUUUUGGGUUUUUUUUUUUUUUUGUUAGUUUGUUUUAAAAGAACACCUUUAUCAUGCGAAAAUUGAUGUUGGCUUGCUUUGGCAAGGUGGAGUUUUGCUUAGAACCAGAUCCUAGUUCCUAACUUGAAUUUUCCCCAUGCCUUGAAAUGGUGCUGGGCAGUUGUUGGGGUGAGAGCCCCCAUAAAUGUGAAGGCUGUGCCAAGGUCGCUUUGUUUGGCCUUUCUUUUAUUUCUGCAAACUGGAACUCCACGAUGCUGGCAGAUCCCUCACAGAGUCGCUUCAGGACAAACCCCUCCCCGGGCUCGGUUCGGCUGGUGCCUCCCCAGAAGGAGCACACGGAGGUGAAUCCUCCAGAAGGAUGGGCUCUGGAAACCCCCCCGGGCACCGAGAUCAGCGCUCACCUCCUGGGCUGGGUCACGCAGAGCCCCCCCGUUUUGCGGCGAGGUGGAGCAGAGCUCCUCCACGAAGCUGCCAAGCUCACCUCUCCUCAGCUGCCCCCGACCAGCGAGUGAGAGGAGGAGAGCCCUCAAAGCCAGUGUGUUCUUUUAAAACAAAUGCCUCGUUAGGGUUUUAACCCUCCCAUUACUUGAAUACUGCUGUGGGCCUUCCAAGUUCAUGGCCAUAUCAUCUGUCCUCUGCCCUUCUGCUGCCUCCCCUACACUCGAAAGCUGUUCUUGUCUCGUGCUGCCCGAGUUUUCCUCUCCCCUCUGCCAUACUCACAGGCACUUCUCAGAGGCUGUUGAAAUUGUUACACGAUGUAUUGCCCCUACUGAAUGCAAAGCUUUGUCCUCUCUGCUGUCGCUCCUAACACUUGACCCAGAGGGAAGGUCUUUUCUGGAAGUUUUUUCUUUUUUUUUUUUUUCCUAAAUUGUAUAUAUGGUAUUUAUAUAGAAUUUUUUGUUGUUGUUUCUAUGUUGUUUUUUUUUUUUUAAAAAAAGGACAAGACUGCAUUCUAUAAACUGGAAAACAAAACCACCUUACUCAAACUCAGUGCUCUUCGUUGUAAUCUGCACAGAAAUGGGAGCGGAUUUGACAUUGUAAGCUGUCUUCCCUUUCCAAAAGUGAGCCUCGGUGCCAGCCUUUGCCAAACGUGUCCCUUCUCCUCCAGUCCUGCGUGAACCCCCGUCGCCCUGCUGCGGGAAGAGGACUGCAUAUCUGCCCGUCUCCCUCUCGCUUGAAGCUGGGAUUCAGAAGCGCCGGUUGGAAGUGGAAAGCUGUGUGCUGCUCCGAGCCAUUCUGCAGGUUCCUGCUUCCCCGGAGCACCGGCGUUUUGGAGGGUCUGCUCCAAAUUUUAUCAAAUUAUUUUAUGGUUCCCGAGCCGUUUGGCUAAAUCAAACCUCCUCCUUUCCAGCCGUGCAUAUCCACAGAUUGUAUGUGUGCUGUAGCAGCAGAGAGAAAGGCGCUUUGGCCACAGGAGAGCUCUGGGUCCUGUUUGCAGUCCCGUGGCAGGUCUGUGGCAGAAGAGCGUGUCUGAGCCGGUGCUGGGCUCUGGCCCAGACCUGCCCUCCGGGGAGGAGCGAAGCGGAGAGAAGAUGCAGAAUGGCUCCAGCUGCCGAAAGCCCAGCGCGGAGGACGCGGUGUGGGAGGAGCAGCCGCCAAGGCCGUGCCUAGAAAGCAGCGCUGAUGCUGCAGAGCCUUGAGCUGGGGCAAGCUCGUCUCGAGCCGGAGGGGAGCGCGCAGCACCGGAGCGUUGUGCUGUAUCGGGAAGCAGCGUGUGUCUGCCCUGGGGAAGGGGUGCCUGUAGCCCCCCAGCUUGCCCGCAGCCGGUGGCAGAGGUUAGCCUCGCAGGUUGUAAGGUAAUCCCACCUCACUGCCCUCCCAGGGAUCCUCCCGCACUGCCUUGCAGCGCGCCCGGGCACAGGGCCCUGAGCGUGUCGGUCCUUGUCCAGCGGCAACGUGGGCUUCGUCCCUUUCCGAGGAGUUUGAGCUCUGCUGGGGGGGGGGGGGGGGGGUGGUUGCCAUCCGUGCUAGCUGCAGCCUGGAGCGCAGCCCGGUAGCCCAGCAGGGCCCUGUCUUGGGUCAAAUAGGACGUCAUCCCAGGCCAUUUCGGUCACCCAAGUCCCUGGCCCAGGUGGCCAGAUGCUUCUUCGGGACGCUGAAAGACAUUUGGCUUUUCCUAGCCCGCUCCAGCUGGCUUUGGAGCUGGGCAGGCAGCGUGGAAAGGCCAAGUGGCUCAUAUAAUCUUGUGAAGGACAGUUCCAGUCCUUGCCUCCCCCACAAACCUCACCAGACCCCGCCGCCCACCGUUCCUGCCCCCAAGGACAUGUCUGCCUGUCCCUCCGCGGGCGGAAGGGACGGGGUGCUGCCAAGCCUGCCCUGUGUUGGAGGGAGCAUGCUUGGCUGACAGCAUGUCCUGGUGACAAGGAUCUGCUUGGGAGGGGACAGCCCUGUGUAUUAUUUGUUCCCUUGAGAAGGGAGGAGGAAGAGGAAGGGGAUCAGGUGUCUUUGCCCAGCUUCAUCUCAGGAGAAAUGCCCUGUAGGAAGGCUCUUCCACACUGACCAGAAACGCUGCUUCCUUCCAAUACUCUGUGGCUGUCCGGGUGCUUCAGCUGGGGAGAGCAGCAAAGGGGCAAAGGCCCUUGCAGGGAGGUGCUUUGCUGUCCCCUUGUCCUCAGCUCUGGCCCAGCACAACUCUGGUUUUUUUUUUUUUUUUUCUCUGGGAAGCCUGUGGACAGGCGGAGGGAGUCAGGGAAGGUGGUUCUCUGGCAAAAUUACAAAGGCGUUGGAGCUCUGGGGGCUCUGACCUGGGCAGCAGAAAGGGGAAGGGGCUGGAGGGGCACGUGGCAUGCAGCUCCGCGGGGGCCCUGGCUCCUCCUGGGCCAGUGCCUGGGCAACGAAGCCACCCAGCCCCUGGCAUCAGCGGUCUCUGCCUGGGGACCGGUGUCCCUCCUCCAUGCUGGUAGCUCGUGGGUGGGUGGUGCCUGGCUCCUGGUCCCUGUGGCCACCCCACGAGAGCUUCUUGUGACCCACUGAGCUCCACGGGGAGCAGCACCUCCAGGGUGCUCAGCAGCUGACAAGCCUCGCUGAUAGAGGGGUUUUAGGAACAACGUGUUGUUUUAAGGGCAUUUUUGUACAAAGCAACUGUUCUUUUGGUCUCUUGCAAAGCCCUCUCGGAGGAUGCUUUAUUGUUUACAUUGACUCCUGUACGAUAUCUCAGCCAUCGCCCCCCCCUCGCCCGCCCCCUCUCCGGCUGUACUGUAACGUGUGAGCCUUGCACAAAUGGAUAGCGUGCGCGUGAAACUGGUUUUUACACUGCGUUCUGUUGCACUCGAUGGCGUGUGUGCGUGCGUGUGUCCGGUCUGCUUGAGAAGUCGUGACGUGUACAAAUCUCUCCCCUUUCGGCCCUUUCCCGGCGGCACGGUCCCAGCGGGUGGCGGGAGGGUCAGGAGGUGACGCCGCUUCUGACUCACUUGGGUGUUAAGCGGGGCAGGGAUUAGCUCUGUGUCCCUCUGCCAGCGCAGGCCUGGUGGCAGGUAUCCCACCCCAGCUCCGGCUGCUCCGGGGACCUCCUGGGAAUUGGCACAGGCACCAGGGGCUCUGAGAGCCCCACAGCGCUCCUGGCCCGGCGGCGGGAGGAAGCCGUGCCCGCCGCAGGUCCCCUGCUCCCGGCACGGUGCGUCCUGCCUUAAUCUGGGUUUAGCUCCACACAAGCCCCCACGCUUCUCCCUGAGUGGGACCCCCUGAGCCCUUGCUGGAGUGGGGCCGAGGCCGGGGUGCAGGCUGGGCAGAAGGCUCUGGGUCGCCCUCCGGCAGUGCCACCAGCGGUGCCAACAGCCAGCCCGCGCUGCAGACAUCUCUGUUGGCACAAAAGAAGGUGCCAGUGCCUUUUCUUUUCCCGUGUGGAGAUGCGACGUCCGUGGGCUGGUUUGCAGGGGUUGCCCUGGGGCCGAGCAGUCCGGCCGCACCGUGUCCUGGAGCAGGAGUCCUUGGGGACGGCUGGUGGUGGAGUUGCAAACUGGGGAGGGGAGCGUUUCUGUCUGCCCCCCCCCCCCCCCCAGGCUCUUCCUUGGUGGCUGGGAUUGUCCCCUUUCCCCCUAAAGACUUUAUGACCGAUGUGCUCAGCUGUUUUUAAAUGUGAACUUGUGCACUGAUGUGCAGAUUCAAUGUUCUUGUUACCGAAUGAAUAAAGUUUUAUUUUGAAGAUGA